AUGGCCGACGGCACCAUUAGACGCGUUGCGGUCAUUGGAGCCGGUAUUAGUGGCGUGGUGAGCGCUGGCCAUCUUCUCGCAGCUGGAUUAGAGGUCACGGUAUUUGAAAGAAACCAAGCCGCGGGAGGGAACAGGCUGCAUGACAAGCGAGUGCCUGUUGAGCUUCAUUAUCCUUGCGUCAAGCCGGGAGAUGUGGCGAGACACGGAAGAGACGAGCGAGAUGAAAAAGAGAUGCAGAGAUUGAUACAUGCCCCACCGGGGCCGUGUUACGAUGGCCUCGUCAAUAACGUUCCGACUUCGUUGCUAAGAACCAAACUCAACGCAUGGCCACUCGGAACACCCCCGUAUGUCAAGCACCAUGUUCUGAAGGACUACAUUCAAGAUACAUCCAAGCAAGCUGGAGUUCAUAAUGCGACAAUCUACGGCGCUCUAGUCACCAAGACCUAUAAGAAAGGCUCACAGUGGCAUGUGCAUUGGAACUCAUUGCAUGAGGACUCUACAUCAACGACCUUGGUUGAACGUGAAAAUGAGGGGAUAUUUGAUGCCAUUGUAGUUGCUUCUGGUCAUUAUCACACGCCCUUCAUUCCAGACAUCAUUGGGCUGGCUGAAGCCAAGAAUAAUUGGCCGUCGAGAAUUUUUCACUCCAAAUCAUUCCGGAAUUCAAAUGGAUUCGAGGGCAAGAAUGUACUUCUCAUUGGAGGAGGUGUGUCAUCUACAGACAUAGCUCGAGAGAUAAGCCCUGUCGCACACAAGAUAUAUCAGAGUACGAGGAAUGGCACCUUUGAUAUUCCGGAGACAGCCCUCCCUAGCAAUGCAACUCGCAUUGGAGAAGUCGCAUCAUUCGAAAUUACCUCUCCGCAGACGAACUCGGAGCUGCUCCCUCUUAUCGUACGCUUGAAGUCUGGCCAAACUCUGGAUCAUAUCGACACAAUUAUUCUUUGCACGGGCUACCAGAUGGUUCUUCCAUUUCUUCCGGACUAUAACACGAACGAACUUAGCGAAACAGCCAUUGUGACCAAUGGCCAGCAGUUCCACAAUCUGCACCAAGACAUAUUUUACAUUCCCGACCCAACCCUCGCUUUUGUGGGCGUCUCUUUCUACACAGCUACGUUCACGCUUUUCGAAUUCCAAGCAAUUGGUGUUGCGGAAUUCUUCUCUCGGACUGCUCAACUUCCUUCUGUUGAGAGCAUGCGAGCAGAAUAUCAAAAUCGAAUUGAACAGAAAGGACAAGGGAGAAUCUUUCAUUCGCUCAAAGGCGAGGAAGAAGCAUAUGUCAGGCAGAUCAUCGAAUGGGUGAAUAGUGGUCGGGAAAAACAGGGAUUGCCUUUGAUUCAAGGUCAUACUGGCUCAUGGUUAGAGGAAAGGAAAGCUUAUGCCGAGAGGCUUGCUCUGUUUCUCCAAGGUGCCAUACCAUUCGGAAACAUUGCCGAACCACUGCCAGUAGUAAAGGUCUCAGCAUGA